GUGUUCAGCUGGUGCAGGUCUCCAUGCAGAGCUCGCCUUAUUUCAGGCUGGUGUGCCCCAACGACGCGUACCGUGCUGUGCCACGAGGUGCGACUGCCCGUGUGCGCAUUCAGUUCACCCCCAACGAGAGCAAGGAUUAUUCCCAUGAGCUGGUCUGCAUCACUAAAACAGAAAGGAUAGUUGUGCCAAUUCGGGCCAUUGCUGCCCGAGCUAUCCUGACCAUCCCAGACCAGCUGAACUUCUCGGAGUGUCCGGUCAAGAGCAGCACCAAGAAGACUCUGCUGCUUCGCAACACUGGCAACCUGGAGGCUCAUUACUACAUCAGCACCCAGAGUCCUUUCUCCGUGGUUCCGGCCAUGGGAGCUCUGGGUGCUGGUGACAGCGUGCAGGUGACAGUGGGAUUUCACCCGCUGACCACUGGUGCCCAUUUUGGGUCCAUGGUGGUGUGCUACAACACAGGUGAGUGCUGGGCACUGCACGGGGCACAGGACACUUCUCCAGCACCACUCCCUGUUGUGCCAGCCACCUCAAUUCCUUCUAGAUGUACCUCCCCUGUUCCAGCUCAACCCCAAAGAAAACUGAGAACCAGUUGGUGCUUAGGGGGCUGAUAAAGUGCAUCCCCU